AUGGAAGGCAAAGUCGAGGCAGCACUGUCCAUAUGGAAAGAUGGAGUCGAGGUUGGCUCAAAAAGAUAUAGGCUCGAACCCUACUGCACAGUCUACCAGGCGGAGUUGUUGGCACUGGCGAGGGCCACUAGAGUGAUAAUGGGAUCAGAGGCGAGUGAGUUCCGUGUUUUUUGUGACUCAAGAGCGGCGCUAGACUCGAUAACAAACAAUGAUUGCUAUCACCCGUUGGCCGUGGAAGCUAGAGAGAAUAUCAUAGUACUGCAAAGAAUAGGCAAAAUAAUAAAAAUAUUGUGGAUCAAGGCCCACGUGGGAGUGAAAGGAAAUGAACGAGCUGACAAAUUGGCAAAGGAAGCGGCCCUUAAACUAAAAACUAAAGCGGACUACAGCGCGUGCCCGGUGUCCUAUAUUAAAACGCACAUAAGGGGAACCUCUAUAAAAGAAUGGCACCGUAGAUACGACGACAGGGAAACUGCAUCGGUCACGAAGGCCUUCUUUCCACGGGUGGAGACGGCGUACCCUAUUGUGAGGAAACUGAAAUUUGACCAAACAUUGACACAACUAAUGACUGGACACGGGGGGUUUCUGUCUAAUCUGUAUCGGUUUAAGCUGAGAGACAGUCCGGCAUGCCCGUGCGACUCAAUAUACGACGAAACGCCCUUACACAUCAUAGCAGAAUGUGCCAUAUUUAGCCGGGAGAGACAAGAACUAGAAACUGAGAUAAAAAUCCAAAUAUGUACAGAAGAAAUAAAAAAUAUUAUGGAAAAUAAAAAGUAA